CAAGCGUUUUCAUUGGUCCACAUCAUUUCCGGUGAAGAAGCCGCAUAGACAGAAAGAUGAAAAUAUUCUUGUUUGUGAUAUUUUGUCUCUUAUUUGCUUUGACAGUUGGUGAAAAUGUCAAAGGUACAGUGCAACUUAAUUCCGGAGUAUUUGACAAGAUUAUUUCCAAGCACAAGUUUGUUCUUGUGAAAUUUGAUGAGACAUAUCCAUAUGGUGAUAAACAAGAUACAUUUAAAUCAGUUGCAGAGGCCUGUAUAGCACAGAAAGAUUUAUUGAUUGCAGAAGUGCAAAUAGCAGAUUAUGGUGAUAAGGAUAAUGUGGACUUGGCUGAAAGAUACGGUGUGCCUACAAAUAAAGAUAAUCUCCCUGUGUACAUGUUAUUCCGGCUAGGAAGUGACCAGCCUGUUAAAUAUACUGGUGAUAAUCUGGAUGCGGAUGAUAUCAAGAAGUUUAUCAUGACAGAAUCAGGUCUUUGGCUAGGUUUACCAGCAUGUCUUGAACAGUUUGACAGACUAGUGAAACAAUUCUUCAAAGCUUCUGCUGACGGGAAGAGUAAAUUAAUUGCAGAGGCAGAGAAAGAGGCGGAGUCUUUGACAGCUGAAAAGGACAAGGCGUCUGCAAAUAUGUAUAUCAAAACAAUGCAGAAAGUUGUUGAAAAAGGUGCUGAUUUUGUGGGCACAGAAAUCGAACGAUUAGAAAAGUUGAAAUCUGGUAAAUUAAGUGAUAAAAAGAAGGAGCAGAUUGGCGAUCGUUUGAAUAUUUUAGCAACAUUUAGUGUUAGCAAAGAUAUUAAAGACGAGUUGUGAUGACCGGCAUUUCUUACAUUCUCAUUUCAUGCAUUUAUUAUUUUAUUUUUUAUUCAUCUCUCCAAUCCAUGUACAUGCUACUUAUUGUUUUAGGUUAUCUGAUACCGAAAUAAGCAAUUAAACAGUUGUAAUAAUUAUCAGUAAUAAGGUGACAGUAAUUGUUCUAUGAUUUUUAAUAUCAGAAGCUUUUAUAUUAUUAAAUUUAGAUAGGAUGUUAACAAGAUUGUGUAAUGUCUGAACAAGUGUUCAUUCUAUAAUAGUUUCUGCACAAUCAUGAUAUUGAUUAAUGGUGUAUUAAAUACAUUACGAUUAUUAAAAAAAUCAUUAAAAAAAUCGUAUAAUUUGGUUCAUCAAUUUUAUUUUUAAAUAACCUGCUUUGUUUGUCACAAAUCUUUAAAUAUUCUUUUGCAUAUAACUUCUUUACUUUUUUUCAUGUAAUACUAAGAUUUUGUAAGAAAGAAAUUGGAUGGUAGAGUUUUGAAAUAUCAUUUUUAACAUGUUGACAUGAUAUAGCAUUUUACAUGCAUUAAGAUUAAAUUUUGAAUUUACAUGUAUUUGACUUCUUUAAAUGACAGCUUUAAGCUAUUCAAGAAUUGGUUAAUGUAUGCAAGUGUGUAAUAUGGUCCUUUUUUUUAUGGAUAGAUUUUUGUAUGUAAAUAUAUAUUUUUUUCUUCCAUAACCUGAAGUGCAGGCUGUUUUUCUACUAUAAUACACGUUUUGGGAAAAAUUACUGCUUUGCCUAAAUUCAUCAAUGUUUUGAGAUUGAAUUUAAGACUGAAUUGAAGCAUUUAGAAUUCUAAUUAUAAAAGUUUUUUGUUCACAAAAAGGUCAUAUAGGCAGUAAAAGAUAAUUUCGGCAAAAUUUAAAAGCAUUCAUUUGCAGUCAAACACAAAAUGUGACUUAACAGGUUGUCAAACAUGACUGUUCAGUGUUUUUUUUCUUCUUUAUAUAACUACCCUAAAACGGUACUGUUCCCGAUAGAAAAUAGACAUUAAAAUUCCCAAUUUCCAAUGUUUAAAUUCCCAAAAUUGCUGUUCAAAAUUUCUACAAGGCAAAGUGAUUUCUCUGAAAUCAUUUAAAUCAAACAUGUUUAUAUAAAUCACCACUCAAUAGUUCUACCUGGACAGUGGAAGCUGUUAGCUAUCUUUAUUCAUGAUGACUAAUCUUAUUUUUAGCUGAAAAAAUGCAUUAAAAAAUUCCCAAUUUAAGUCAAAAUAACGCAUUUUUUCCCAAUCAGUCUGGUACCGGCACCAUUCCCAAAGUAGAGAAAAAAACACUGCUGUUGUAAUAACAGACUUAAAAUAUUGUUGUUAGGCAAAUUUAGAUCUAGAACACUUGAGUUUAAAUUACAGACUGUCUGAUAUAAAACAUUUGAUGAAUUUAGGCAUGGAAGACUUAAAUAUCUUUAUUUAUAUAAUAUAUUUGUUGUAUAAAAUGAAUGUUUUGAUGAUCUUUUACUUUAAGAAAGUAAUAUUUCAAACUAUAUGAUAGUUUAGAGAUAAAUCAAAAUUAGUUAUAUAUAAGAAUACUCAAGGGAAAAAUAGAAAACCCCCAAAAAAUUACUUUUACUUUACUUUCUAAAAAUUCUUGUUCUUUUGAUAUUGUUAAGGUUAUUAUUCUGUUUAUAGCUCAGACAAGAUGAAAAAAUCUGACAUGAGUUUUGGUUUUGUAAAACUUAAAAGUGUUGAAAAAGUUGUUUAAUGAAAAUGUUGAUAUGUGACAUAGGCAAAACUUUUUUCUAUGAGUUUUAUAUUUUUUACGGUGGUAUCAACUCUAUGAAACAAGUUCAGUAAAAUUGGUGCUAUAAAGCAUUGUUCAGGUCAGCCUAAUAAGAUUUUUUUUCUGUAAAAGGUCUGUAUUGUAUUGAACUCCUGACCUGCUGGAACCAAAAGUGGUCAGUCUUUGCGAUCUUUAUUGCUCCAGACCAAGCCUGCGCAUCCAUAUUGUCUGACCAGACUCUUUAUAAUUGGUAGCUAAAUCUUUGUAUUUUACUUUGAUAUUGAAAUUCCAUAAAUAUUUAAUUAGUUUGUUCCAAAUUCAAAGCUUGCAGAGAAUCAUUAUUUUAUAUUGUCAUAUGACUAACUGUGCUAGUGUGAUGUUUAACCCAAUAAAAUUGUUUUAAACAGAGGCCAAUGGGGAAAAAAGGUUUUAAAAAAAUGAUUUGCUACAUAAUUUUUUACGUACAUAGACAUACAUAUAUGCAUAAGCAGGUACUAAACUUUUGUUUACUUUUAUUUUUCAACUAUCAUAUUAUUAUAGACUGUAUCUAAAGAAUAUAAGCAGUUAGCUUGCUUUUUACACAUGCUUUUAUGCUUUUUGUCAGCACUUACAUAAAGUGGGUUAUUUUUCUUUGCUUUUGUUAUCUUUGUUAAUUAAUUAAUUCUUAUCCCUUUCGUUGCCUUAAAGAUGGCUACACUUAUCCCUGUCACAGUACCAUCCAUUUUCCUAAAGGAACAGUAUACUGUUUUUGGGAAAGUAAAUAUUAUUUAUUUGAUUAAUUGAUUUUUGUAUGUUGUUUUAAUUAUAUUUUUAGUUUGUGGAUGACAUAAAAAUCAUAUUCUUCCAUGAACAUAUAGGUUUUUUUAAAGUGUAUAUAUCUUUUUUAUGCAUAAAAGAAAAAAAAUAAGAAUUCAUCUGUUAAAUAUAAUUUCUGAAAUUCAUUGAAAGUUCAGACCAAAUGCACCUAAAUUAUACAAGGAAAGUUCGGGCAGUGAAAGGGUUUUUUGUUGGGCAUAAUUGAUUAUGUAGAAUUUCAAUCAAUGUUUUAAUGAAUGUUUGAGAAUUUCGGUAAUGAUCUUUGUUGUGAUCUUUAUUCAGAUUUUCUUUAAUUAAGAGGUGUAGGGUUGGAUACUGACAUAAAGAAAAUAAUACAAAAAACUUUUCCAUUUAAAGCUGCAUGCAUGCAGAUGAGCUAAAAUAUUUCAAGGAAAUCAGAUUUGAGAAAAUGUACUAAGUUUUAAGAAGUGUAUAAAGAUUCACAGUUCAAGAAAUAUUAAUUUACAUGUCAUGUGAGAUUCAUGACUGUUUUUGUAACAUUUAUCAACAUAUUUCUACUUUGUGACUUACACAAUAAUGGCUUUUUUUUGUCACACUAUAGUUUUAAAACUUAUAAUAAUGUGCACAUUUUCUUCUAUAUACAUUUAUUUCUUUAACUAAUUUACAUGUGUCUUUGUCACAGUAAAAUUUGUUUAAACGCUAUCUGUAAAAAUUUGUACCUAAAACAGCAGAUUAUUUCACAAGAAUAAGUCUUGUUAAUACAUAAAAUGGUCGAUGGAUCUACCAAAAAUAAUUUACCAUUCUGCCGUGUGCCAUAGUGCCAGUGACACAGAAAGUAGUUCCCUAUUCAGACGUCUUCCUACACCAGUAGUAUCAGAUAGCAACAUUUAAAUGCAGUUUGCAUCUACUAAUGUUAUGAAUUUUGAAUGUGUAAUUGUUAUGAAAUUUUAUGUUUUGUUUGAUUAUUAUGCCAAUUAGAAGUUUUAAUUAUACCUGGAUGGUCAGUCCACCUGACUUGUGUCACGUGAUCAGCAGUGAGAGAAAUGACCAUUAAACGAAAUGUCCGAAGAGUAAUUCAGAGAAAUUUCUUCUCAUAGCCACCCCCCUACCCCCACCCUCUCGGAUCAAACCAAUGGUUCUUUAAAUUAUGCAUACCAAAUAAUGUUGAUUUUUGUACUCUAACUUUUAAGUAAAAAUGUAGAUAAAUUAUGGUGUAAAUGGGAAAUUAUGGCAAAUAUGGGAUUAUUAUUGAGAAAAUUGUAAUUUUUAUGUUGUGAUGUUUUGUUACUUUACUUAGAUAUAAUUUUUUUAUUUAGUGGACCAGUUAUUGAUAGAUACUGAGCACUUUUUUAAUCGGGGAAUAAAAAUAAUGUGGUA